AUGGCGCCUCCUACGCCAAUUUUGGGGCCCGAAGAACUCGAUAGGGCAAAAGGGCAGGUCCUAAAGCCUUGUAAACUGAUGUCGUUGACUCAGAACGAGUGCCGGUUCGAUGGUCACGAGUACGUGUGCAUCCCGUUCAAGCGAGUUUUCCAAGAGUGUCAAGCCGGCAAGGGAAAACAUAAGCAUACAUUGAGGUUUGAAGUGACUACGGCUGCUACCAACGAACGUCUGGCAUCGGACGAGAUGGUACAACGCUUUUGGGAUGCAAGUUUGCACUGA